UGAGACAGUCGUCUUCUCAAGUCUCCAAGUCUGAACCCUCCUCGUCCUCUCCUUCUCCGGUUCUCCCCACCCCACCAUUUCGUUCCCAUUCCCUGUCAAAGAACUAGAUAAAAGUCGCGGCUUUACUACUAGUUCAAUUCAAAGGUUGGUCUGUAGAUAAAGGGUGAUGCUUUGACCCUGAGCUUGCUCGGUGGCUGAAAUUCUCUAUCGCACCGGCGUUGUUUAGUUGGCCGUCCAACGCCAUUUCUCUUUCGUGGCGUCUGGUUGCUCGUUCAAAGAUCUGUUUUUGUGUUUUUGACUGACCAGGGAGUCGUUGGGAGGGAGCAGCGGGGUCUCGGUUGGUGGUGUGUGACCGGCGGUGGUGGAGAAGUUGGUUUCUUUGACCGCGCUUUGGCCGUCGUCGAUCUCAGUUCAGGCGGCAGAGGUUGGAAAUUUCUCACCUUUUUCUCACCUCAAGGUGAAAAGAUUGGUUUGUGAGGCCACCCAUAGUUCGAUUUGGAGUAAAAUUUUGGUUGGGGAGAGUGGUCUUCUCGCUGAUGGAGGAGUAGGAGCAGGACUGCGCAGCGGGUGUUCGACGGAUUGCGUCACGGAGAUGGCGGGCGCGGUAGGCGGGGGCGACUGGGAGGAGUUGGUGCGGAGGAUGUUCCCUCCGGGGACCACGAUCCCCGAGGCAUCGGUGAACCUCGACUACUCCAUCGCGCUCGAGUACGACGGCCCGCCGGUAUCCUACGAGCUCCCGAAGAUUGACCCGGUGAACAUCCCGGCGAUACCGACGGCCGAUCCGGUGUCAGGGCCACUGGGGUUUGGGAACGGCGUGGUGCCGGUGGCGCCAGUCAUCGGACCUGUCCGUGCCAACCCACCGGCGUCGCGGGUUGUUCAGCGUGCAGGACAGUUGGCUGCACAUGUUAGGGGAAGUUCAGAGUCUGCCAAUUCGGCGUUGCGGGAUGAAGAGUACUCUGAUGAGGACUCACGCUCGGUGUCACAUGAGCCUGCAAAGAGUUUGCAGGGGCAGAAGGCUGAUAGGCCUGGUGCGCCGGAGGGAAGAAGAGCGCAAGUUGUGACCUUUGGAUUACAAGAGGAUAGCAAGUAUGAGAGCAAGGAUUUUGAUGAGGUGUCCGAGCAAUAUGUUGCGGUGACUAGGAAGGAGAAGAGGGGGAGGGCGUGCUGCCGGUGUGGAAAGAGCAAGUGGGAGAGCAAGGAGUCAUGCAUCGUUUGCGACGCGAGGUACUGCAGCUACUGUGUGCUCAGAGCUAUGGGAUCGAUGCCAGAAGGACGGAAGUGCAUCACUUGCAUUGGCCAGCUGAUUGAUGAGUGCAAGCGGUCGAAGCUGGGGAAGGGCUCGAGGAUACUAUCACGGUUGCUCAGCCCAUUGGAGGUGAGGCAAAUAUUGAAAGCCGAGAAGGAGUGCCAGGCAAACCAGCUCCGGCCUGAGCAACUCAUCGUAAAUGGCUGCCCUCUUGAGCAUGAAGAGAUGGCAGGCUUGCUUAGUUGCCAAAGGCCUCCUGGAAAUCUGAAGCCUGGAAGAUAUUGGUACGACAAGGAGUCAGGCUUGUGGGGAAAGGAAGGAGAAAAGCCAGACAGGGUUGUUAGCACUAACCUUAACUUUAAUGGAAAGCUUCAGCUUGAUGCUAGUAAUGGCAAUACUAAGGUUUAUAUUAAUGGACGAGAAAUUACAAAGACUGAGCUGAGAAUUCUAAAGAUUGCACAAGUUCAGUGCCCCCGUGAUACUCACUUUUGGGUUUACCAUGAUGGUGGCUAUGAGGAAGAAGGCCAAAACAAUAUCAAAGGGAAAAUAUGGGAGUCUCCUUUGACACGUUUUGCGUGCGCCCUAUUUUCAAUACCGGUGCCUCCUGCAAACUCUGAUGGGCCAAAAGAUGAAGCUCCUUAUUCAGCAAGAACUGUCCCUGAUUACUUAGACCAAAGAAUCCAAAAGCUUCUUAUUCUUGGAUCACCUGGAGCUGGAACAAGCACCAUAUUUAAGCAGGCUAAAUUAUUAUAUGGCACUAGAUUUACCCAUGAAGAGCUUGAGAGUAUCAAACUAAUGAUCCAAAGCAGCAUGUUCAAGUACCUGGGGAUUCUGCUUGAGGGCCGUGAGCACUUUGAGGAAGAGGCUUUGGCUGUAUCAAAUAACCCAAGCUCAGAGGACGUAGAUACUCAACAAGAUGAAAAUGAAUCUACUGGUUCAAAUUCUUGCAUAUACUCAAUAAGUGCAAAGCUGAAGAAGUUCUCUGAUUGGCUUCUGGAAAUCAUAGCAAUGGGAGACCUAGAUGCAUUCUUUCCUGCAGCUACACGUGAAUAUGCUCCAGUCGUUGAUGAGCUGUGGAAGGAUCCUGCCAUACAAGCAACAUAUAAAAGAAAGGAUGAAUUGCAUUUUCUCCCUGAUGCUGCUGAGUAUUUCUUGAGCAGGGCUAUCGAAGUAUCAAGUAAUGAGUAUGAACCUUCAGAGAAAGAUGUAAUAUACGCUGAAGGAGUAACACAAGGGAAUGGAUUAGCCUUUAUUGAUUUCACUCUGGAUGACCGAAACCCUAUGUCUGAAACCUACGGUGACAGUCAUGAUGCGUACUCUCAACCAGUAAACAAGUAUCAGCUGAUCAGAGUAAGCGCCAAGGGCAUGAAUGAGGGCUGCAAGUGGGUGGAAAUGUUUGAGGAUGUCCGCAUGGUGAUCUUCUCCGUAGCGCUCAGCGACUAUGACCAGCUUGGUGUCCCUGCAAGCGGCGGAAGUAGACUGCUCGUGAACAAGAUGGUUCAAAGCAGGGACUUGUUUGAGGCUACAAUCAGGCAACCGUGCUUCCGCGACACCCCGUUCGUUCUUGUGCUCAACAAGUUCGACCUCCUGGAGGAGAAGAUCGGGCGCACCCCGCUCUCGGCGUGCGAGUGGUUCAGCGACUUCUGCCCGCUGCGGACGCACAACAACAACCAGUCGCUGGCGCAGCAGGCGUUCUUCUACGUGGCUAUGAAGUUCAAGGAACUGUACGCGGAUCACACCGGCCGGAAGCUCUUCGUGUGGCAGGCGCGCGCCCGCGACCGGCCCACGGUCGACGAGGCCUUCAGGUACAUCAGGGAGGUGCUCCGGUGGGAGGACGAGAGGGGCGGCGGCGGCGGCGGCUACUGCCCGGAUGAGUCCUUCUACAGCACCACGGAGCUCAGCUCGUCCCGGCUCGUCGUAGCAGCAGAGUGACACGGUGGUGGUUAAUCUGCAGGCAAAAAUUACCAGUAAUUGUACAGUGUUAGUUGGUACUUUGAUUUGCAGCUUGUUCAGAUGGAAAUGGGUGCUCUCUGAUCGUCAUAGAUCAUCGUCGUAUUGUCAUCGUAUAGGGAGAUUUUACGAUUUAUUAUUGAAUAACUUACUGUUCUUUAUAUGUUAUUAUCGUGUCGAUGACAUUUAGAUGAUUAUAUAUAUUAUGGAGUAACAGUUAUUUGGUGA